GGAUUAGGACCCCCACAAAGAAAACCUCCAGAUUACAGGGCGGAUUCCUUGUGGGCGAAUUGUCCAUUUGUCCUUCACAUUAUCCUGUUCCUCUCUAUCAAAACACACUAUCACGCACACUACUUGGACACUACAGUACUGAUAAAUUGAUGCGAAAUUGAAGCAUCAAAUCUCUUCUAGACUGUAUAUGGGUGAUGGGUUAGCUGCAUCAAAACCCAAAGAUGCAGCAAAUUCAACCCUUAUCUCCGUUUCAUCGACCCGUAACUCUCUGUCCCAGAUUUUACCAUACAAUAGUAAACCCAUUGAACAUAAUCUCUUUCUCUUCUUCUCCUCCUCCGAUCAGUAGCCGUCGGCUUAGAAAGUUCUUUCCGCGCAAAAUCCUAAAGGAACCUUCGAAACCGAGUCUCAAACGUCUCACUUCUCGCAUCGUCGAACUCACUCGCAGACGACAACUGCUUCAGGGUUGUGUUCAUUGCGGGGACAUAGAUUCUGCUCUUAGGGUCUUUGAAGAAAUGUCGAAGCUGGAGAGCUGUGGUGUUGACAAUGUUACAUAUGGCACAUUGGUGAAGGGUUUGGGUGAUGCUCGGAGAAUUGAUGAAGCAUUUCAAAUCCUUGAAUCUGUGGAAAGAGGUACCGCUGCAGGAAAUCCAAAGUUGUCAGCACCAAUUAUUUAUGGCUUGCUGAAUUCUCUUAUUGAAGCAGGUUAAGUUUGUAGAUAUAGCAAAAUAUGGUUCUUCUGUUAUAUUUGUAAAAGUGCCACCGAUUUGAUAGUGGAUUUCAAGUCUAUAUGUGGUUCAAAUUUAAACUGUCUGGAGUAGCAUAGUAAUAGUGUCAGAAUGUAGUUGUUUUGGCAUACAAGUUAGUGUUUACUUACCCAAAAAAAAGUUAGUGUUUCUAUAUCUUGCAUCAUUAUAGUACUCAACAUGGCGAUUGGAACGAAUUUGGCUUAUGGAAUUCAAAAUGUAGUGAAAGUGGUUGUGGUAUUUUGUUGGCCGAUGCUAACCUUUAGAUCCUGUUGGAGUCAAUGGUUAUUGGAAGCAAAAAGUGAUGCUUAAACCUUAAUUUUCAAAUUAGAAUUAAAAAUAUUUAAUUUUUCUUUGGUGUUGAGAAAUUUUGAAAUUUCAGUGUGACAUUCUAAUCAAUUUCAACCUUUGAUUGCUAAGAUUCCAUUUUUAGACCCUUUUCAACAUAAUAUGAUUUCAAAUUAUUUUGAGCAAAGAAUAA